AUGGCGCUAAGUAGUGAUACAGAUGAUAGUAACGACGGCGGUUCAUCUGAUCCACUUACGGUGGAAACUGCCGCCACCAAGAGGCAGCGUUUUAACUUCUCCGACGGAACCCUAACCUCACCGGUACCAUCUUCCUCCGACACGACGCCACUUGCCACUCUUCCGUUUGAGAUUAUGGUAGAAAUUCUCUCUAGGCUUCCCGUGAAGUUCCUCAUGCAACUUCAAUCCGUCUGUAAGUCCUGGAAAUCUCUCAUCUCCGAUCCCAAAUUCGCCAAGAAACACUUUCGCUUGUCAAGAACGCAUCACCAUCUCCUCUUGACCUACACCAACCCCUCUCGCGAGUUUGUCCUCACGGCUUAUCCUGUCUCCUCGGUCUUCACCCAAGUGACUGCCACCGCCACACAGCUAGAGUACCCUCUCAACAAUCGAAACCGAUUUGAUCUAAUUGUUGACUCUUGCCACGGCAUCAUCUGUUUCGCACUCGAUCAACGUUUCGCUCUAUUGUGGAACCCUUCCAUUAGAAAAUUUACCAAAUUGCCCUCUUUGGAUAAUCCAAAACUAAAGGGGAGUUACACUAUAUAUGGAUUUGGCUUUGGCUAUCAUCUUUUCAGUGACUGUUACAAGGUGGUUGCUGUUUACUGCUAUGAAUCUGAUGGCAGUUACAAAACUCAAGUGAAGGUACUUACUUUGGGUGCCAAUGCUUGGAGAAGGAUUCAGGAUUUCCCUUCGGGUGUCCCUUUUGACGCCUCAGGAAAAUUCGUCAGUGGAACUAUUAAUUGGUUGGCAUCUAGAGAUUCAUAUUCUUCAUGGGUCAUUGUUUCUCUUGAUUUGGACAAAGAAUCUUAUCAAGAGUUGUUGCAGCCUGAUUAUGGACAAGUGACUGUGGUUACUUUAUCCUUAGGAGUCUUGAGGGAGUGCUUGUGCAUACUUUCUCAUAGUGAUACUUUUUCAGAUGUUUGGCUUAUGACAGAGUAUGGAAAUAAAGAUUCUUGGACUAAAUUGUUCCAUGUUCCUUACACGGGAGAUGUUGGCUCUUGGCCUUAUACCAAGGCACUAUAUGUUUUUGAGGAUGAUAAGGUACUGCUGGAGUGUCAAUCUGGGUUGGUUGUUUACAAUGCUAGAGAUGCUACUUUUAAAACUCCUGAAAUUCAAAACAUCAAUGGUUGGAUGGUUCCUGAAAUCUAUCAAGAGAGUUUGAUAUCACCUUGUUCUUAA